AUGUCGUGGGCAGGGCCGUACGGAGCGAGGGCAACACAUGUGCCGGAGGUUCGUGUGUCCCAGCGAGGCAAACCGCGGGAGCUACCCUCAGCCACACUUAGAGCUGCGCUCCCACGCUGGGUGAACUCGACGGGCACGGAAAAGCAAGCGGGUGCUUGCACUCAGAAGCCUGCGCCGGAAACCAACUCCAACUCGCGUUCGCUGCAGCAGGAUGUGGAUCCAACGGUGAUGAACCCAAAGCUUGACGGAGUGCCCAUCGUGAACGAAGCAAACAUUUUCGAGAGCGACUACAGCACCGGGGGUAAUGGUCAAAUUCCAGCCGUUUGUCACGAGGAUGUACAAGGUUCUCUUUCGGUGGUGAUUAGGAAACAAAACUUGGACUUUGAAGCCAGGCGCUACAGUCUCUUGGAGUGUCGAGAUCGAGACUUAUUACAUCAAAGUCGGAAGGUCAUUGACGGUACUUCGGGGCAGCCGAGCGAACUAUCGCAGCCGUUCUGUAUGCUGCUGCAUUCUCUCCUUGCUGAGUCACGGAAGCAGUGGCAAGCGAUAUUGUCCUCACGCGCAACUGCAUUGAAACGAGAGGUGCGGUGCUCAGCUCGCGGGACACUGUCAGAUACAAAUAGCGACGAUGAGAGCGAAGAUAUGGAACGGUCGGUGGCACAACUUUACAAUGUUUUGGUAGCCGGCCUCAAUAGCGCGGCCACAGAGGAGUUACUGAUCGCCCGCAUCUUUGGUGGUGAUCUGUCACUUUGCCAUGACAGUAUUGACUCCUUUGGGUUGUUGACGGUGUUCCGGGCGCCCAUGCAAGAAGUACUGGCUCAGCAUGAGAAGCUUGCCCCAAGUCUCACCAUACUUCGCCGCUACUUUUCAGCGCUCCAUCCUUCAAAUGGCUGCCCAAAGGUCACCUCUCACACAGAACCCUCAGCGUCUGAUGCUGAAGAGAAGCUUGAUGAGUUUUUGCAGCAUGGCAAUACCCCAGAAGAGGUGGCCAAGACAUUACGUGGUGGGGUAAGUCCCUCCUUACGUCGUUUGUUGUAUGCGCGUGCAUUGCAGCUUCCUAUUGUUGUUACGGAUGGGAAUUCACUUUUUGGGGGUUGUGAGGAACUGCAAGCAAAUCGGCAUUGCGACGGAGUGGAAAGAUGCCUGACCUUCGCCACCAAACACAGUCGUGACAAGAUUAGACAGUGUAUGUAUCAUAGUUACGCCACAAAAGAGGAGGAGGAGACAGCUAAGCUGAUUCAGGCCAUCAUAAAGGUGGAUAAUGCUCAUUUUGUGGGUAAUAACGAUAGAUAUUUUAUUUUCAUGGAAGAGACGGAGAAGUUGGUCCUUUCCCUCUUCAUGGACAGAAGUCUGCCAGAAGUGCAUAUGAAAAACACCCUGCGGCAGAUGGGUCGCCCAUGCGCACAGAUAGACUCUUAUUUGGUAUAUUUAGGGAAUUCUGAGGGGGAGACUGAGCCAAGACAACGCGAAGCACUGCCCUCUGGAUUUUUCCCUGUUUGUUCCUGUUCACUACUAGUCGCGCCCGUGUGCUACAUUACCGGCGAUACCGUGGAACAGUACGAUCUUAUUUCCUCGCUGUUUGGGCAACUGUGGUUUCGUCUUCAAGGCCCCACACCUGAACUGGCGCAGUGUUGUUGGAUUUUUGAGGCGCUAGUGGCACGCUUUGCCGCCUCAGCGUGUCUCCACGCCAUCCGCACGCUUCGUCUCCCACCGUUGCGCUUGGCUCUCCCAUGGAUCAUCACAGCAUUUGUGGGGGUGCUUGAGCCGGCAGAGCUCUUGAGUUUUUGGGACCUUAUUCUAUCUUACCACAUAGAAGAAAUGUUUAGCGACCGUACGCCUCUCUCUGUGCCUAUUCAGGCGAGUGUGGAACAUGGAACGGAGGGGGGGGAAGAAAAGAAGGAAACAUCCUCCUCCGCCCCCUGUGCUCUGUGGCUGAUCCCUUUGUUGGCGGCAAGUAUUUUUGUUUACCGUGCCCCAUUGGUUGAACGCUGCGCGACGGCGGAAGAGAUGCUGUUGGUUUUUAAAGAGGGCCACCAUCUGCGAUGUCGGCCGCUUCUACAAUAUCUGCUGUUUAUGGCAAAGUGA